UGAUCAACCUGAUAGUUUAAACAAACCAGAGAGCCAGCAGCGCAGGGCAGAGCUCUCACACACUAUCAAACACACACACUCAUACAGCUGUUCAACGAUGAGGAAACUCUAGUAAACUGUACCGGAGACUGAAGCUGAGACAGAGUGAGACAUUUGUACCUCAAAAGCAGAGCUUUUUGAAGAAGAAGAAGCCCUGGACGAGUGGGGAUAAAACAGACCAAACCUUUGUCCCCUGCUGCAAACUUUCACCUCCCAACCCUGGUCUGUCAGUGCCCCCUGCAGCCAUACCCUGACUGAAGCUACACAUUCUCCGGAGGAUCUGACUCUCAGACGCUAGAUCACAGACUGAGAGGUUGUCUGGCCCGUGUACAGAUGGAAGCCCCAACCCUGGCUGAGGAAGACUUGUGUCACCCCCGAUCUUCUUCUCCAGAAGGGGAGACAGUGUGUGCAGCUUUAGUCCGUUAUGAGAAUACUCUUCGGGAUGCCAUCAAGGAGAUCCAAGUGGACGUCAGCACUUUUAAGCUGGGCAUGGAGCGUCGUCUGGAGGACACAGCCAGCCUGAGCGGGCCUCUUGGACGUACUGUGGAUCAGCUCCAGCAGGAAAACCGGCAGCUCAGGAGCCAGCUGGAGGCUCUUACCCUACAGGUAGAGCUCCUUAGUGGGAUGAUGAGUGAUAGGAGCACCUUGCUUAAUAAUAGCCAUAAUCACAGUCCGAAUCACAAGAAUCACCUCAGUGACAUUCACGAGAACCAUCAGGAGAUAAAAGAGGUAGUCUACGGGAAGGGUGAGGCUCACACUCAGAUCCAGGCUCUUCUCCACAUCCAGCCCUGCAACCUGGGCAGCCAAGUCCAGACCAACAGUGGCCUCAGCAGUCAGUCCAGUCCUGUGUCCCCACCUGCCACCUUCUUAUCCUCCUCCAGCUCCAACAGUCCUCCUGUCGGCUCCAGAGUUUCCUCCAUGGUGACUGGCCCAGUGUCAAGCAGCAGCCCCUCCACUGCCCGCUUCUCCAGCCGAGCCACAUUCGCCGUGUCCAACAAGACUAACAGUAUUGAGCGAGAGGAGCCAUUAGAAGUGGACCCCGCCCCAACACAUGCUGGACUUGAAAAUGGACACGCUGCUACCACAGAACAUUCAGAGUUGGCACACGGAAAAAUCUCUCCACCCAAUGACUUCCCACAUGAGCACACAGCCCCUGUCGCCAUGAGGAUGCCCCACCUCCCCAUCACCGCGACAACCAAGACGGCAGAAAUGAAGGGGCCCGACUCUCCCAGCAGCCCUGCCGGCUCUUGUUCUUCCCCAGUCUCUGAGGCCUCAUCUACCAGCCAAUCUGCUGCAAGCACCAACCAGACCCAACCAAUAGAGGAGUCUCCAAUUCAACCAGAGAAAGCUAAUUCAACCCCAGCGAAGUCUGUCACCUACUCAGGGCUUUUGCAGCAUGACAGAGAUGGUGAUGCAAGCAGUGACAGAUCCUCCGGGCAGGUCGGAGAGAGGAGGCGGGAGCUGGUGAGGUCUCAGACUCUGCCGCGUAACAUUGGUGCUCAGGCUCGUAGAUCCAUCUUUGAAAGACUCGACUCUGAAGCCAGUAAGAGUCGCCCCAAACCAGUGGACUCGAAACCCAAACUAAAGCGGUCUCAGAGUUUUGGUGUAUCCAGCGCCAGCAGCAUCAAGCAGAUCCUUCUUGAGUGGUGCAGAUCCAAGACCAUAGGCUAUCAGAACAUUGAAAUCCAGAACUUCUCGUCCAGCUGGAGCGAUGGGAUGGCUUUCUGCGCUUUGGUCCACUCCUUCUUCCCCACUGAGUUCGACUACAACUCUCUGUCGCCCGUCAACCGCAAACACAACUUUGAACUGGCCUUUGGAAGUGCAGAAGAGAAUGCCGGCUGCGACCGGCUGAUCGAGGUGGACGACAUGAUGAUCAUGGGUCGUAAACCAGACCCCAUGUGUGUCUUCACCUAUGUCCAGUCCCUCUACAACCACCUGCGCAAAUUUGAGUAAAGCUCAAAGCAGAACAUCUACAUUUUCGCGCUAAUCUCUUUUUAGACUCAGCCUUUUUCGACGUCUUCUUCAUCCUUUGAGCUGAGUGCAGAUCCACAGCUGGCGUGAUGGGAGCACUUUGAAAAGACUACACUGUCCCCUGGCGGUGGAUUAGUGAACAUUACUCCACAUGCUGGAAAAGUGCUCACAGCUCACUUCACAGAUGCUCAGUGGACAUUGACUCAUGUGGAUAAUACCGUGUGUAUGUGUGUGUCCUGUGAUGAAGAUGAAUUUACAGACAAAUGUCAGGGUUGGCUUGUCAACGGAAGUUUAUUUUAUAUGUAUGUGAUGUGUGUGUAGUUGAGAUGUAUUGGACAAAGAGUGCAACUAUUGCUGUGUUUUUAUUAUCACCAUUCGUGUUUGAAAGUGAUUGUCCAUAUUAAUCUUUGAUAUUGCACCAGAUGAAUGUUUCACAAGUGUAACUGUAUACCUAAACUGUUUGUGAUGAUGCGGAGCACACGCUGGGGCAAAAUAUCUCAUGAAAUAAAAUGAUAUGUUGCUGACUGAUAUUUACAUCCACAUAUGCUGUGAUAUUGAGUUAUUGAGAUG